ACACUACUUAGUCUACUAGAAUACAGUCAAACCAUUCACAUCAAAUUCAAGAAAAUGGAAUCAAUGACCACAGUCAUUGUAUACUCAGCCAGUGGGCUCCUGUGCCUGGCAGUAGCUGCUUUCCUUGCCUUCACUGUCUACACGUACUACCACGGCAAGAAAUACUCGCACAUCCCGUCACCCAAGAAAUCAAACUUUUAUUUGGGACACUUACCUGACGCUAUUCGCAUGAGAAAAGAAUUGGGAAAUGAAGAAGUACCGAUGCAAGUGUUGUUAGCUAAAUGGCAGGCUGAUUGCAGUAGCUCCAUCUACGUUGUACAUUUUCUCACCCAAGCAAUGGUUGUGGUAACCGACCCAGACGUCAUUAAGGACAUCGUAAUGCAACCAAAGAAUCCUAAAUCAUCGUACAUGAUGAACAAGUUUGGGUACUUGUUUGGAGAAAGAUUCAUGGGCAGAGGCAUAUUUUCUAUUCCUGAUUACGAUGUGUGGAAACCAAGGAGACGCAUGUAUGACUCAGCAUUCAAGAAAAGCUAUUUGGAAGGUAUUCUUCCUGCAUUCAAUGGCUGUAUUGAUCUGUUCCUUGAGAAGCUAGCACCCUUCACUGAUGGAGUGACUCCAGUCCCUAUGAAAGAACACCUCUCUGAGGUUACACUUGACGUCAUUAGCAAGGUUGCUUUUGGUACUGACUUUACCAAGAGUUGGAACAUCCACAUGUUGGGAUUGACACCGAAUAACCAAAAUGGAAAGCUAACAUUUCUGAUAAAUAGCAGUUUUCGUGGUUUGCAAAAGAGUCUCAACCAACCUAUGUUUCAGAUACUUCAUCCUUUUGAGAUGAGGAUGUACAAACAAACUGCCCGAGCUCUCAGAAUGAUUGGCAGGGACUGUAUCAAGAAGAGGAUUGAAAUGGUUGAGAGUGGAGCUGAAGUUCCAAACGAUAUCCUCACACACAUCCUCCAAGUAGCUUCUACACAGAGCACUGUCGACAUUGAAGAGUUGGUUGAUGACUUUGUUACAUACUACAUUGCCGGACAAGAAACUACAAGCAACUUGUUGUCAUUUGCAGUAGUCAUGGUACACACUCAUCCAACUGUCCUUGAAAGAUUGCAGGCUGAGGUGAAGGAGGUCCUGGGUGAGGAGACCAAUAUCACCAAAGAACUUUUACAGAAACUAGAGUAUACUGAGCAGGUUCUCUUGGAAACGUUGAGGAUGCAUCCACCUGUGCCUGGGAUUGGCAAGGAGGUUGCCCCUGAGGGCCUGGAUGUCGGCGGUUACCACGUCCCAGGAGGAACACCUCUCAUGCUGCCUUCAUCUGUGCUCUGUCGAAUGCCUGAGUAUUUUGAUGAGCCAGACACUUUCAAUCCUGAUCGUUUCAGCCCUGAAAACACUCAGCCCAGUUCUUUUGUCUUCUUUCCGUUUGGUCUCGGCCAUCGCUCUUGUAUUGGGAAGCACUUUGCACUGAUGGAGGCCAAGAUGAUCCUUGCUCGUCUGAUUCAGACCUACCAAGUCACGCUUCCCUCCGGCUAUCAGCUUGUUCGUGUACAGAGGACAACCAUGCAGCCACAGGACACUGUCAACUGCACUAUUCAACUAUGCUAGACAAUACAGUUGUGUAGAAUAUGUA